AUGACUGGAAGCCAUCUUACACACUCGCUUUACACCCCGAAAUAUAUGUCAGAACUCUACACCUAUAAUUCACAAACACAAACACACUGAAAGAUAUUCUCUGCCACGUUUGGUGGAAAACCUUUUGAAAUUGCCUAUGUUAACUAAUUUGAAAGAACGGAAUGGACAGAACAAUUGAAAAGACUAACACUGGCUUCCUGGCCCCUUGUCUGUGAAACUUUCCUUUUGCAGAAAAGAAAUUUGCUCAUUAAUGGAAGGAUAAUUGACGCUAAGCUUCCUGCUUGUAACAUCUGUGACCUGUUGCUUGAGUGACAUUCAUAUUGAGAUGUUCCACAAGAGACUUUCAUAUUGAGGAACAAGCAACUGGUGAAAAAAAAUAUUGCUUUAACUUUUUUUUUGCUUUCGUGCGCUUUGGACACUGAGAAAGCUGUGGGAAGGACGACUUGCAAAUUUUUUUGCAAGACCAUCAAGAGAAAGGAUUAUCUCCACUGUUGUUUCUUGUCGCUCACUGUUUCAAGAGAGAAUAUUUAAGUCAUGAGUACAGCCAGAAUGGAGAACCCAGUGAUUCUGGGACUGUCAAAUCAGAACGGCCAAAUGCGAGGCUCUGUAAAGCCAGCAGGGGGUCCCGGUGGAGGUGGAGGAGGGUCCCAAACAACGCAGCCUGCCCAGGUCAAAGCCUCUAGCACAGUCAACAAUGGCAACUCCCAGCCUGUACCCACAGCCAACACUAUCAUCAAGCCUGGGGAUGACUGGAAGAAGAAUCUAAAGCUUCCUCCAAAAGAUUUGCGGAUGAAAACAUCAGACGUGACGGCGACCAAGGGAAAUGAGUUUGAAGAUUAUUGCCUAAAACGAGAGCUGCUUAUGGGCAUCUUUGAAAUGGGCUGGGAGAAACCGUCACCUAUACAGGAGGAGAGCAUUCCCAUUGCGUUGUCUGGGAGGGACAUUCUGGCCAGAGCCAAGAACGGCACAGGAAAAAGUGGCGCCUACCUCAUUCCCUUACUUGAACGCAUAGACCUGAAGAAAGACAGCAUACAAGCGGUGGUCAUUGUGCCCACUAGAGAACUGGCUCUUCAAGUGAGCCAGAUCUGUAUCCAGGUCAGCAAACACAUGGGCGGGGUCAAGGUCAUGGCAACUACAGGUGGCACCAACCUUCGUGAUGACAUCAUGAGACUUGACGAAACGGUGCACGUCGUCAUCGCCACUCCAGGAAGAAUUUUAGACCUCAUCAAAAAGGGAGUGGCCAAAGUCGGUCAAGUACAGAUGAUCGUGUUGGAUGAGGCAGAUAAGCUCUUGUCACAGGAUUUUGUACAGAUGAUGGAGGAGAUGCUGAGCUCUUUGUCCAAACAAAGGCAAAUUUUGCUGUACUCGGCCACAUUCCCACUGAGUGUGCAAAAGUUCAUGAACUCUCAUCUCCAGAAGCCCUAUGAGAUAAACCUGAUGGAGGAGCUGACCCUGAAGGGGGUUACUCAGUAUUACGCCUAUGUGACUGAAAGGCAGAAAGUCCAUUGUCUUAAUACUCUAUUCUCUAGGCUCCAGAUCAAUCAGUCCAUAAUCUUCUGCAAUUCGUCCCAGCGAGUGGAACUCCUGGCUAAAAAGAUCUCACAGCUUGGGUACUCCUGUUUCUACAUUCAUGCCAAGAUGAGGCAGGAACACCGAAACCGCGUGUUCCAUGACUUCAGAAACGGCUUAUGUCGAAAUCUCGUCUGCACUGAUCUCUUCACGAGAGGAAUUGAUAUUCAAGCUGUGAAUGUGGUGAUCAACUUCGAUUUUCCCAAACUUGGGGAGACGUACCUCCAUCGCAUUGGCAGAUCUGGCCGAUUUGGACACUUGGGUCUUGCCAUUAACUUGAUCACUUAUGAUGACCGCUUUAACCUGAAAGGUAUUGAAGAACAGCUGGGUACUGAAAUCAAGCCCAUUCCCAGCAGUAUUGACAAGAGUCUAUAUGUGGCCGAGUACCACAGUGAGAGCGGAGAGGAGGUUAAACUGUGAGCAGGAGAGAUCACCAAUCCUUUGUCCCCUAUCCCAACCCUUUUCCUUCCCUACUGUGUCAAGGGAAUAGGGGAUUUUUUUUUUUCUUUCAACUAUAUCUUCUUUCUGUCUUCCUCUUCCCCCUCCUUUUUUUUUUUUUUUUCUUCUGUUUUGUGCCACCACAAGGAAUGUUUCGAUGGCCCAAUAUUCGGGAAGGACUCAUGGCCCACUAAAGGACUGCUGCACCAAUAUUUUCAUCCUGAAGACUUCAGAUCACAUGAUGAGGAGGGAAAGAGGGGACAUGAGGAUUUAUCACCCAAGAAAAGAAACAAUUCAUCGCCUUUAAGCACAUCCACACCCCACAGUCUCUCUGUCCCUCUGCUCAUAUUCAUGUUUCUAGUCAUUUGAAACAAGUGCCUUAACAGUCUAACUUGUUCAAAAAGUAAUAACCUGAUGAUUUUUUUUUCUCCCCUCAUAAGACAUCGCUUUUUUUAACUCCCCUUCUUUGGCUUUUAGUAUUGCUUGUCUGCCCCAACACGUUUGGCAUCAGAAGAAUAAUUUUGCAUUUGUCACCUGUAGUUUAUUGGGGCAGCAAAGAAAAGGAUUGCACAGUGGGAGAAAGGAUGAGGCAGCAAAUUGUGCUGUACUUUGACUAUGUUGUAAAAAGAAGCCCCUUGCAGGAGAACUGAGAUGAUAUCAGUGAGCAUAAUGACAAUGAUGGGGUCUGAUCUUCUUGUGGCAAGCUUUCAAAAGUCCCACACGGCUCAAGGAUUCACAAGGAUUUUGUUUUUCCCCUUCAUCUGCUCAUGGAACAUGCCAUGCCUCUAGAGACCCAUAACUCUUUCCCUCUGUCUUCAGCGGGCCAACACUAAGACUAGACCAGACUCAGACCAGCCUUUCUCAUUGGCCAUGAGGAAUCUCUCUUUGAGACUAAUGUGGAUUUCUUUCUCUUUUUUUGACCCCUCCCUCAUUUCUUUUUUUCUAUCCUCUUCCAAUUUCAUCCUGAUUUCGGUGCAGUUUUGCAUUCUUGGGUAGGCACUCUGUCCUAAAUGUGCCAUUUAUACAGAUCUGGCACAUUUGUAAACAUUUUGUAAAUACUUCAUUUAUUUUUUUUUAAAUGGAUUGUUUUAAAACAAGCUAAAAGGCUGGAUGAACAUUUGAGCAGAAUGUUGGAAAGAUAUUUAAAAUCCAGGAUCCUGUCAGCACUGGUUGGCACCAUUUUGUUUGCUUAUUUCCCCUUUUCCAUCCCCCUUCAUGGGGAAAUAAGUUUGAAGUUUAAACCUUCCAGGUAAUGCGCCACCGUUGUUUUGUUAUCGCAAGAAAUGAGUUCACACUUGCUUUAUUUUUAUUUUAAAACUCAAAACUCUGUUCAAUGGUUUUGAGUGUCGUUCUCUGGUGGUUUCAGCAGGUGGUGCAGUUGUUCAGAUUUGCAGUUAUUAACUCAUCCGUUUUCCAGUGUUGACAUGUUUCCUGACAUGGGUCGCUCAAAUAAAUAGCCUCAUUUAUGCGUUGUGAAAACAUGAGGCUUAAUUGCUUUCCAGCCUUUUGCUUGUAACACUGACUUAUGAGCACUCAGCGGGGUCCCUGAGCCUGGGUGACUCUAAUCAUAGAGAUAAUUUAAUAUUUUCAUCAUGUAAUAGUGCUACUCGCUGCAGUGCAGCUCAAAUUGGCAACGUGCAAAAAUCUAGAAUUUCUAAGCGAGAUGUGUAGCUGUUACAUGGGUCUGUGUUCACUGCCAUCGGCACUAGGACAUGACUUCAAACAGACCAUUAGGGGUGGGAGGAUUGAAAGACUUGGUGGUUCCCAUUGGAAAAAGGAAAAAAAUGGACAAAAAAAUACUCAACUGGAUGCCAAGACUUGAUGGACUGACAUAAUGUAGCGGCAGAAACAUGCAGUGCAUUGUGAGUCAGCAGGCUUUUUUUUUUUUCUCGUUUUGUAAAAAGACCAUGAUCUUAAGAUGCUGCACAGACUUAACAGAAGAAUCUAAAUCUUUGCAGUGUGAGCUGCACUUAAGUUUGAACUUAGUUCAAGGGUUGGGCAAUAAUACAGGCUGCACACAGGCUUGGAGCACUUCCUCAUUUAGGCUAGAGGUGUAAAGACCAUAGGGGAGUUUAAAUUUUAUUUUUUUUGAGGAAGAAUUGUGGCAGGGAUGAGGGUAUUUAAUGUGGGAUGUGGGUAUUUCAUGGGUGCUGAUAACCAAAUGAUUUAUUAUUUUUGUUUCUUUGCAGCAGAAUAUUCAUCCCCAUCACCCCUAAACACUAAUAGCCUUUAAAGAUUUGAGUGAUUUAUUUUUUUCCCCCUCUCUGGGGAUUGAAAUGGGCUUGCUUGAGACACUUUAGCUCAGGGGUGUCCAAACUCUGUCCUGGAGGGCCGGGGUCCUGCUGAGUUUAGCUCCAACUUGGUUCAACACACCUGCAGGAAGUUUCCAGUAUAUCUCGUAAGAGCUUGAUUGGCUGCUUCAGGUGUGUUUGAUUAGGGUUGGAGCUAAACUCUCCAGGACACCGGCCCUCCAGGACUGAGUUUGGACACCCCUGCCUUAGCCCUUCUGCUGCUUUUUCACUAAGUUAUGCAUUUGACCCGUGAUGUUUUGAGGGUGUUCUUUUAUAUGGGGUGGGUUGAAGGUUGGGAGGGAUACAAUUUAUGCCUUUUUGUGAUUAUUAGCACAAUUUGCUUUGAAUUUUUUACGUUGGACUUAAACAUCACCAACGUCCCCGUUAGAAAGUCAAAUACAGGUGAGAUGUUUUGUUUUCUUUCCAUUUUUGGAUUGGCAUUGCCGACUGUGAAGGCUAUUGAUACAAUUAAGGACAUUUGUGCCAACCGUGUGGUUGGUUACCCAAAUUUUGGCCAAGAUUAUAAUUUCUCACAAUCCUCAAAAUGCAGCCUUUUCCACAGUAGCCAUGCUUGAAUCCGGCCUCAUAUUCUCUUCUCUAUAGCGUUCCCCUCUGGUGUGCACAGAUUGUUCACCCAACUAAUCCGCUUUAGUUUCUUCUGGGGGCUUUUUAAAACAGAUCUGCUCUAGAGAGGAGAAUGUGAGUUUCUGGGCAUUUGGCAGCAGCCCAGUGUUUUUCAGUAACCACUUGCUGUGGAAAUCACAGUUCGUUCUUGUGAUGCUGUAAAUCAGCAUGUGAUUGGAUGUGCUGUGGUCUUUGCAAUGGUGGUUGGGGUUUUGAUUUUCAUUUUAAGCUUUGUUUUUCCCUUUCAUUUCGAAGAAUAGAGUUGGAGAACAUCUCACCUGUUUAAGAGUUGUUUUCGGAAGCUUCAGCAAAUUUCAUAAUGGAAAUCCACUCAUUCUUCAGUGUAUUAUUUUAUUUAUUUGUAUUUAUUUUUUGUAUUUGGUUGGGUGGGAAGGUUUUUUAUUUAUUUUUUUGGCUGCUCUGAUGUAUUGUUCUAAUUCCAGCACUUUACCAUUCCCAUGUGUUCAGUGUUGGAAGUAUUUGAAUACAUCAGUUUGGGUUAGUGGGUGGGAGGGAUGGGGUUAAAUUUGGCUUAAAAGAAAAAUUAAAAAUGAACACACAGGAGUUCAGGGUGAGGAAAAUUCAAUCUCUAACCUUUGCCCUUAAAUUUGAGAUGUUUGUUUUCUUUCUGUUUGGAUAUUGCAAAUGAACAACUAAACUCAAGAGAAAUCCAAAGUAUUGUUUUGUUUCUCCUUUUUCAAUUUGGACCGUUUCAAUUGGCUUUCUUUUGUUUCUCAGUGAUGCUGCAUUUUUAAAGAGUUGAGAUGUGUGAAUGCAAUGGUUAACAUCUGUCAUGGUUUUUGUUUGAUAAUAAAGCUCACUGAAGUUCCA